AUGUCGAAGAAUGGCCCUUCCCCGAGGUGUGGCAUUGUGCGCUUCUACCACCGCAGUGUGAGUAGAUGGAUAAACACAUUGGAGAUUUCGGAUGCGACAGUUUGUGCAUAUGGGCUUCUGCUCGUUGCACUAUCGGAAAUCCGAGUCAGCACGGUCUGGAGGAUUGAUCACCCAGCUGCCAUGAAGCCAAGCGUCUCACUGAACACCUCGAUGCAGGUGCUGGUUCUUGGCUAUUUGCCGUACCUUGACCCUUCUCCUCUUACAGCUGGUGCAUCCCCAGCGGGAUUUUUUGUGUGCACCCCUCUUCCGCACCUUCACUUCCAUGGUGAACAGGGCUCUCUCUUUUAUAACUUAUCGUAUCCCGGUACCGUAGCCCGGUACCGUAGCCCGAUGCCGUAG